CAUAUCAGCGAAACACCAUGGAGCUUUUCUGCUCAACAACGUCUCUUUCCUCCUCCUUCGCUCUCUCUUCUGCUCUUUUCGUUCCUACUUCAUCUUUCCCCGUGCCAGGGAGCAGGAGACUCAUGGUUCUGUGUAGUUCCGAGAAAUCUCAGAAGAUGACAGUUUCAGUAACUGGAGCAACUGGAUUCAUAGGGAGACGACUGGUUCAGAGACUUCGUGCUGAUAAUCACUCUAUCCGUGUCUUAACACGUUCUAAAUCCAAAGCUGAGCAAAUAUUUCCUGCCAAGGAUUUCCCAGGUAUUGUGAUUGCAGAAGAACCGGAUUGGAAAAAAUGCGUACAAGGAUCCACUGCUGUUGUGAACUUGGCAGGACUGCCUAUUAGUACAAGGUGGUCUCCCGAGAUCAAGAAAGAGAUUAAGGACAGCCGGAUCCGUGUCACCUCUAAAGUUGUUGAGUUGAUGAAUAAUUCACCAGCAGAAGCCAGGCCUACCGUUCUAGUUAGCGCCACGGCUGUUGGUUACUAUGGUACUAGUGAGACCGGAGUAUUCGACGAAAAUAGUCCAUCAGGGAAGGAUUAUCUCUCAGAGGUUUGCAGAGAAUGGGAAGGAACUGCACUGAAAGCGAAUAAGGAUGUUAGAGUGGCACUUAUCCGCAUUGGUGUUGUUCUUGGCAAAGAUGGUGGAGCUUUGGCCAUGAUGAUACCCUUUUUCCAAAUGUUUGCUGGAGGACCUCUUGGUUCAGGACAACAAUGGUUCUCUUGGAUUCACGUUGAUGACUUGGUGAACUUAAUUUACGAGGCCCUCAGUAAUCCAUCCUACAAAGGUCAAGGGCUAAAGCAUAGUGCUAUUGGUGCUGGUUGUUGGCAGGAGUUAUUAAUGGGACUGCGCCGAAUCCGGUUAGACUUGGGGAAAUGUGCCAGCAGCUAGGCAGCGUUCUUAGCCGACCAUCGUGGCUACCAGUUCCUGACUUUGCACUCAAAGCUUUGCUCGGAGAAGGUGCCACUGUGGUUCUGGAGGGACAGAAGGUUUUACCUGCAAGAGCCAAAGAGCUUGGCUUUGAAUUCAAGUACAAAUACGUGAAAGAUGCACUCAAAGCCAUUAUGCAAUAAGGUGACACAUACAGCACCGUUGUAGCAUUGGAUUUGUCACAGAAAAACAAGAGAUUCUUUUCUUUUCGUCUCUAAUAUAUUCUUUUUCCGAGGGAUAUAUCAUGUAUGUAUGUAUCUAUCAGAUGUGUUGAGAGGAUAUUAUUACUGAGACAUAGGAUUUUUCUCAUAUACUGUUCUUAUUCAUAGGGUAAUUUAGCCAACU